GAAUUUUCUCGGUGGCUAAUACCAAAUCGGGACAGCAGAAAGUCACACGUAUCACACCUGCCAUCAUUUGAAAUUAAUCGUUGACCGAACUGCAUUCAACCGUUCGCACAAGUUCAAUCAAUUUGAGCCUCAGUCUCUUAUUGUCAAUUAAGUAAAAAGAACCAAAAUGUCGCAAGCAAAUGGAAACGUCGAGUCAAAGGACUCAAAUCUGCCGCCUUGGUUGCCUAGAAUUUCGUUGGAGAAUGCUGUCCGCGCCCAAAUUGGCGACUUUGAGAAGAUACUCUCCGUAACGCCUCAGUGCAGCAGUGCUGGUGACAACUACUCCACACUGAUGAUCCGUUUGCUAGUGGAAGUCGAGCUGAUCGAUCACAGCGCAAAGAGUGUGUCUUUUGUUUUGAAGACUCAACAUAACAAUGAGGUAAUGGCCGCCAUACUUAAUAAGCUCAAACUCUUCCAGAAGGAGGAGCAAAUGUACCAUAACAUAUUGCCCAAAUUCGAGAAACUCUAUGCGGAUGCGGGCAAAACCAUUCAGUUUGCUCCAAAAGCCUUUAAGAUUGAUCAAGAUUUGGGCGAAGACUACGUGUUGCUCGAGGAUUUGCAUCCAAAAAGUUUUAAGAACGGCAAUCGCUUGGCUGGAUUGAAUCUGGAGCAUAUGCAGCAGGUGCUGGAGAAGUUGGCUGCCUUCCAUGCUGCCUCUGCUUGCUAUGUGGAGCAUUAUGGUAUGUUCAGUGAGGAUUUCACAGUGGGUGUCUUCAGUGAGACCAACCGACAGCUGCUGCAGGAGUUUAAUGCUUCGGGAGCAUUUCUAGCGCAGCUCAAGAAGUGGAAAAAUGCCGAAAAGAUCUACGAUAAGCUGGCCAAUAGUGAUGAGUAUUUGGUGGAUCGUCUGCUGCAGAAUCAGCAGGUUUCGAUGAAAGAGUUCAAUGUACUCAACCAUGGCGACUGUUGGAACUAUAACAUCAUGUUUCAAUAUGAUGCGUUUGGCAAGAUUAAGGAAACGCUCUUUGUUGACUUUCAAGUUGGCAAAUAUGGCUCCCCAGCGAAUGAUUUGUAUUAUCUGAUUCUUUCCUCGGCAGCUCCAGAUAUUAAAAUAGCCAAGUUUGAUUAUCUCGUGCGAUACUAUUUUGAUCAUUUGAUCGACAAUCUUAAGCUAUUGCAAUACCAUCGUCCAUUGCCAAAAUUGAAGAACCUACAUGCGGCCUUAUUGCGCAAUGGAUUGGCUGCCUACAUGGUUGUCUCUAAGGUACUCCCAGUUGUUAUGCUAGAGAAGACCGACAAUGGCAAUCUGGAGAACUGUCAAAACGAUGACUCCAAAGUGAAGGCUGCGAUGUACACGAAUCAGAAAUAUGUUCAGAUAAUGACAGACCUGUUGCCAUGGUUGGAUAAUCGCGGUCUACUCGACUGGAAGUAAAUGCUAAUUACCCCCAUCAAGAGCAAAUGAAUAUGAAUUUUAUUUUUACGUAUUCAAACUUUAUUAAUGAACUUCAGUUCUGGUCACGCUAUAUGUAUAUCAUUAUAUCACUAUACGAAAUAAAUGUGUGGAAAAAUGUCAAUCAAA